AUGCCACGUAGUAGUCCAGCCAAAGUCGCCUGUCGUCUGUGUCAUGACAGACGAGUCAAAUGCGAUCGCAGUGAAGGCGUGGCGUGUUCCAACUGCCGGAAUGCCCGACGCCAAUGUGAGCUGAUUAUAUCUCGCCGUGGACGGAAACGAAAGCUUCCUCUUCUACCUACUGAAGCAGGCUCAAGCAGGAGUCUUCCACAGACUUCUCCCAAUGUGUCGUAUGAAGGGGUAACGAGCUCAAAUACACCUGUGACCACUUCUGCUCAAGUCAACAGAGAUAAGCCACAGCAAGAGCCAUGUUUCCCAGCUCUUGGACCAAGCGGAAAAACAACUUAUGUUGGAGAUUCUUCUAAUCUCAACUACAUGAUUCAACAAUUUGGAAAUCCUUUCGGUGGUACGACGGAUGUUCGUCCGCUCCAAGACCAUCUCCAUGGGGCAAUGCUGGCCCGGUUGGGUAGACCGACGACGCAGGAAAUUGAAAGGAUUCGUAUAUCUACUAGUGAAAGUUUGAAGAGCCAAGGCGCAUUUGAUCUCCCGUCACAAGAGACCAGUCAGGCCCUUCUCGACGCUUACUUCCAUUUUUCACUUGCUGCACUGCCUAUUCUUGAUAGGUCGAGGUUUCUUGCCUCUCUCACGGAAGGCAAAUUCUCGCACUUGCUCUUGAAUGCUAUUUAUGUCGCUGCUACUGUAUAUUGUUCUGAUUCUGUCAUUGCUGAUGCUGGAUUCGUGUCGCGAUAUGCUGCAAGUCUCACCUUUUACCGGAGGGCUAAAGCUCUUUAUGAUGCUGGAUAUGAAACAGAUGCUAUCGUGACCAUUCAAGCUACGUUCCUCAUGUGCCAUUGGUGGAAUGGUCUUCUAGAGCAUAAAGAUCCUUGGUACUGGGUUGGUAUCUCUGUGGGAAUGGCACAGGCUUUAGGAUUGCAUCAAGCAAAGUCAUACAUUCGGCUCGAAGAGAAAGAUCGGAAAUUAUGGCGGAGACUCUGGUGGAUGAUAUAUGCCAUGGACAUAAAUCUCUCUAUGCUUCAUGACCGUCCUCCACACAUACAAGGAAGACUUUGCAAUGUCCCUCUUCUAUCGGAAGCAGAUUUCGAACAAGUCGAGUCUGAAGAGACAGGAACUUCCCUAGAAGAUCUCAAUGGGGCAAAUACCUUCGCGAUACAUGCUGUGCAAUUAGCUUGGACAGUGGAUCGCUACUUCACUCUUAAAUACGACGAAGAUAGCGGUCACGCGCAAGAUAUCUGCUUAGAGCAAAUUGCCUUGUGGUUUUCAUCCCUCCCCCCGGAAUUCAAGUCUUUGUCAACAAAUAGUAGCAAGUGGGCUAUGUUGACUUGCAUAUUAUACCAAGAAUACCGACUAGUUCUACACCGAAACAACCCAAGAUUCUCGCUCAACACCGGUCCAGAUACCCCGACAUUCGAGAUAUGCACAGAGAUCUCCCACAUGCUCGAAAUACUCAUGGCAAAGGAUCUUCUAUACGCAGCCACAGCUAGCAUAGUUGCCCCCGUGCUCUCCGUGCUCUCAAUUUACAUAGUCAAUAUCUACAGAGGGGAUGCUGGUGUCCGAAUAAUCUCACAGCAUCGAGCCCGGCUCUGCAUGCUGAUUCUUGACAAGUUGCAAGAUCGGUUCCCCGUCGUUGCGGCUUUCUAUCCGAUUUUUGAAUCUCCGCUUAAGCGAUACUCUGAUGGUAUGCAGAUGAAAGAUGGUGCGGGGGUACCAGAGCGCCCGGUAACAGGAUCCUCGAUGGGAAAUGGUCGUCAACUUGACGAAAGUGAUAUUGGUAGUAUGAACAUGCACACUACUGGGGGAUUGUUUGAUCAGGUUCCGCAAGAUGGUAUGGCCAUGGCGUUUCCUUUUUCGUUUCCGUUCGGCAAUCUUUUCGAAGAUGUCUUUCUGAACUCGCAUUUUCAGUCUACACCUUUUGGUGAAGAUGAUAUAUCGUAUCCUGAAUAA